AUGUAUACAAAUGCGAAUACCAAUACGAAUACAAGGGCAUUAAUUAAUAAUACCAUGAAUUUAUCUGUUAUUCUGUAUAUUAUAUUCUUAUCUAUCAUUUUAAGUGCUGCUCCUACUUUUUAUGUAAAUACGAGUAACACUACAAAUGAACUAAAAAGUUCUUUAAUUUUUAAGAAAAAUAAUGGACAAUUAACAGAAACAUGGAAAACAAGAGAGUGGAAUAAAUGGAUGAAAAACAUGGAUGUCUUUUAUGAACUUUUCUCAAUGAAUGUAGAAGAAAAAAUAAGUUAUUGGGAAUGGAUGAAACAACGUUCAUGGAAUGAAUGGUUAAAAUUUAUGAAUAAUAAAUGGUCGCAUUAUAACGAAAACAUUUAUGUAGAAUAUAGAUCAGAAGUAUUCUGGAUAUGUAAAAGUUGGGUUGAUACUAAUUGGACAGAAUGGAUCGAAAAAAAUGGGAAAAGUUAUAUGACAAUAGAUUGGGAAAAAUGGAUUCAAGAAGUUCAUUCUUCUUUUUGUAAACUAGUUAUUAAUGAGUGGGAUCAAUGGACAAAGGAGAAAAUAAAUGAAUGGAAUACAAGUAAGUGGAAACUUGAGGAAGAUGAAUAUUGGGAUAUCAAUGGAAAUAAUAACGACAGGAAGAAGAAAAUUAUAAAAGAUUGGUUAAAUUAUUACAGGUGGAGAAAAAGAAUAAAUAGGGAAUCGGAUGAAUGGGUUACAUGGAUUAAGGAACGGGAAGAAAGAUAUAAAAACCAUUGCAACAAUAUAUGGUUAGAAUGGGAAAAAAGUAAAAUUAUUCUUUUUGGUGAUUGGAUGAAUUCUUUUAUUAAACGAUGGAUAAUAAAGAAGCAGUGGAAUGUAUGGCUUAAUGAGAAGCAUAAUUACGUACAAGAACGAAUAAAAAGAUACAAUAAAAAAAAAAAAAGAAAAUAUUAA